AUGGAGCGUGUGGACCUGCUGGGGUUCCUCAUUGUCACAUUGAAUUGCAAUGUGACCUUUGUGGGGAAGAUCUGGCUUAUUUUCAUGAUCCUGCUGAGGAUGGGGGUGAUCAUCCUGGCAGGGUCCCCCAUAUACCAGGACGAGCAGGAGCGGUUUGUGUGUAAUACUCUGCAGCCAGGAUGCUCCAACGUUUGCUAUGACAUCUUCUCCCCAGUGUCCCACUUGCGGUUCUGGUUGAUCCAGAGUGUGUCUACUCUCCUCCCUUCUGCUGUGUUCAGUGUCUAUGUUCUCCACAGAGGAGCCGUGCUGGCAGCCCAUGGAUCCUGUGGGCCAGAUAGCAGUCCUGGGGCUCAUGACCUGACGGCAGGGAACAGGCGCUGCUCACAGCCCUGCAGGGGGAGGAGCCAUCUGCUCAUGCCAGACUUCUCCUCUGGUUAUAUCGUCCAUCUCUUCCUUCGGACCCUGAUGGAGGCAGCUUUUGGCACCUUGCAGUACCUCCUCUUUGGAUUCUUGGUCCCAAAGAGAUUCUCUUGCACUCAUGCUCCUUGCACCAGCGUGGUGGACUGUUACAUCUCUCGGCCCACAGAGAAGUCCAUCAUGAUGCUUUUCAUCUGGGCGGUCAGUGCACUCUCCCUCCUGCUCAGUUUUGCGGACCUCAUCUGCAGCAUGAAAAGGAAGAUGAGCGGGAGGCCAGGCCCCAGGUGUGUACCCAAGAGUGUCCCCAGCAGGAAGAUGGGGGCACGUGGCCAGUGGGAAGCAGAGGAGGUGCCCACUCACCCCGAGCUGUGGAUGGGAGGGGAGGAGCCCGAGAGUCCCAGUGGUAAGUCUGCUGUGUCAGGGCGAAUGGAGCUUGCAGAUGAGGAGGACAGUGAGGUCAUGUCCUCAGUUAGCAACAAGCUGACUGUGACUCGCAAAGAACUGAUGGACAGGCCUCAGAGGGAGACCACCCAUGGCCCAAGAAGUGAGGGCUCUUCUAGGCCACAAGAGCAUCCUCCGGCGCCUCAGAGUCAGCUGACCCAGCUCUCUCGAUCCAGUCACCUGCAGCCCUGUGACUGGCUGGCCAGCUCGGGGAGUGCAGCCUACCUGAGAACCAGAAAGUCUGAGUGGGUAUGA